ACUCACUCGAUUUGACAAGGAUGGAUGGAUCUCGAGAGAUGAUGGAGGAGUGUAUGAGGAAACUGGCCUUGUGGCACACGAGAACCUUCAAGCCUGUUAUGACGCACGAGGAGCUCGAACCUAUCAUGUCCACCAUGGGCUUCAUCGCUCAGGCCACCGGAGGAGGAGGAUUCAAAGAGUACGUUUUCCUCUCAUCUCCCACCACCACCACCAGGCCCAGACUGCCCUAUCCCCACAUCGACGGCCUCCACAUCAGCACCUACCAGGCUUUUAUUGACGCAUUGGCCUUCUUUCUUGAUGUCUCUGAUCUCUUCCAUGUCAGGGGCAUGCCGCUGCAACGUGUCAAAGAUAAAAACAGAAAGUGGCGUCGCAUGGAAGAGGAUGAAUUGAGUGUGUUUGUCUAUAGAGAUGGGACGCUGGAUAAGUCUGGUCACGGUCGUCCCAGCAAAGAAGAUUCAUAUAUACAUGUUCUCAUCCACCUCAAACCGCUACCUUCUUCCACUCUUCUUCCCCUUAAGGACAUCAUCGUCUCGGUUUGAUUUGAGUGUCUUCACGAGAAUUUCAAGUUUUUUUAAAUGUGUAUUCAAUCAAACAAGCAUUUUAAAUAUGAUUUGUAUUAAAAUGACAAAUUCCAU